AUGUGCAUUUUAAUGGCCACAAGGGCACAUCCUGACUAUGAACUCAUCUUAAUAUCUAACAGAGACGAAUUCUUGGCAAGAAAAACACAUGCUACAUGCUGGCAUAACAAUGAUUUUAUCCUUUCACCCUACGAUCUGGCCAAAACCUCAGCAGAAAAACAAAUAUUUGGCACUUGGUCUGGCAUAAAUAAAGAAGGAAAAUUAGCCACUAUUCUUAAUUUAAAACUUGACAAUGAGCAAAAUAAUACGAAAUCAAGAUCCCGUGGUCUGUUACCAUUUAUAUUUUUGUCGAUCCAUAAAGCAGAUUUUGAAGAUUGGGAUAAUUACAAAAAGUUUGAAGGUCACUAUGAUGGGUUGAAGUCCACAGGUGAUUUUAAUUUUUUUUACGGCGACGUUAUCAAAAAGCAAUAUAAAGUUAUUGAUUCUCUAGGAAGAACUUUUGAUGUGUUGAGUUCUACCUGUAGGAAAGAUCUUGAUUCUUACAUGGUUGUUUCUAAUGGUAAAUUUUAUGACAGCUCCAGUAUACCAGGGCAGGCUUGGGAAAAAGUAAAGGUAGCACGUGAUAGUUUAGAAAAUCUAGUUUUAGAGAAUAUUGAAUCAGAUGAGGAGAAAAUAAUAUCAAGUUGCUUUCAACUCGCCUCGAAGUCUUCCCUUCCAAGCACUAUUUCAAACCCAGAUGUCUUGCAGAUGGUAGAUCCAAAUGUAACCAUGAAUACCAUAUACGUACCACCUUUACGGAGGCCUCCCAGGGAUGACUUAGGUGCCUCAAUUCCUGAUGGUGAUUACUACGGAACUCGCUCUCAAAUAGUUUUACUCGUGAGUAAGGAUUCAACGAGAGUUACCUUUAUAGAAAGGGUCCUUUAUAGCUCAGAUGAAGACGUGCGCAAGUAUUCGGUAACCUCACCUAAGGAGGAAAAAAGGUUUAAAUUCAAAUUGUAA